UGCUUUUACUCUUUCGUGGCGCAUGUCGUGUACGUUCAAAGAGGAAUAAUUAUCGCUCGCAUUUGACGCAGUGCGUUAGUCUCAUAUUACAAACGGAAAAGAACGUAAUAUAGUGCCGCGUAAAUACGCGAUACGCUUUCCGAGCAAGUAAUCCGUGUUAGUGCUCCGUAAGAAAGAACGCGGCGGUUAAGCACUGCAAAGAAAAACUUGACAUUGGAACGGCCAUUUUGGCGUGUUAUUUCCUAAUCGAGUGCUCAGUUCAGCAUCGAUAUCCAUCCAUUUCAAAGAAAUAGAUAAUAUUUCAUCAUUUCCAAAAUGAUGACAGAAACACACAUAAAUUCCAAUCAUGUUUUAAAUUCUGGUUUGAAUACCAAAUCAGAAAUAGACAAAAUGGACGAUGUAGGUUGGAAAGCCAAAUUAAAAAUUCCACCAAAGGACAAACGAAUUAAAACUAGUGAUGUUACUGAUACUCGUGGCAAUGAAUUCGAAGAGUUUUGCCUAAAACGAGAAUUAUUGAUGGGCAUCUUUGAGAAAGGCUGGGAAAAGCCUUCCCCAAUUCAAGAAGCCAGCAUUCCCAUUGCAUUGUCAGGUAAAGAUAUUCUGGCUCGUGCAAAAAAUGGGACUGGCAAAACUGGGGCUUAUUCAAUUCCAGUGCUAGAACAGGUUGAUCCACGAAAAGAUGUGAUUCAGGCACUGGUUAUUGUACCCACUAGAGAAUUAGCUCUUCAAACAUCACAAAUUUGCAUUGAACUGGCAAAACACAUGGACAUAAAAGUAAUGGUAACUACUGGAGGAACAGACUUACGAGAUGACAUCAUGAGGAUUUACCAAAAAGUGCAAGUAAUAAUAGCAACGCCAGGAAGAAUUCUUGACCUCAUGGAUAAGAAUGUUGCUAAUAUGGAUCAUUGUAAAAUUCUAGUUUUGGACGAAGCAGAUAAGCUUCUGUCACAAGAUUUUAAAGGAAUGUUGGAUCAUGUCAUUUCUAGAUUACCACAUGAACGUCAGAUACUGCUGUAUUCAGCCACAUUUCCUCUGACAGUAAAACAGUUUAUGGAGAAACACUUAAGAGAUCCAUACGAGAUUAAUUUAAUGGAGGAACUCACAUUGAAAGGUGUAACACAGUAUUAUGCCUUUGUACAAGAACGACAAAAAGUUCAUUGUCUUAACACACUGUUCUCCAAGUUGCAAAUAACACAAAGUAUAAUAUUCUGCAAUUCAACGCAACGUGUUGAAUUACUCGCGAAAAAAAUAACGGAUCUUGGAUACUGCUGUUAUUAUAUACACGCGAAAAUGGCGCAGGCACACCGAAAUCGCGUGUUUCAUGAUUUUCGAGCAGGAUUAUGCAGAAACUUGGUGAGCAGUGAUUUGUUUACUCGUGGUAUUGACGUACAAGCAGUGAACGUCGUAAUCAAUUUUGACUUUCCAAAAAUGGCAGAGACAUAUUUGCAUCGUAUUGGCCGAUCAGGACGAUUCGGUCACUUAGGUAUAGCAAUUAACCUAAUCACAUACGAAGAUCGUUUUAACUUACAUCGUAUCGAACAAGAGCUUGGAACAGAAAUUAAACCUAUUCCAAAGGUAAUAGAUCCAAGUUUGUACGUAGCAAGACCAGAAGACAACAAUAGUAUGGAAGAGGGUAAUGUGUCCAAGUAGUUUCGAUACAUCAUCAUGAUGUUUUACAUGCGCUCAAAGAGUUUAAAGUGUAAAAUGGUGAUUGUGUGGCUCGUACAUAAAAGGCAUACAUUGCUAUGCUUUGAACUCACAGAGUGAAACGUUAUUUCAGUCUGAAAAGUAUUGUCUGGUGUGUUUAAUGGUGUAUAAAGACGAAACAGUGCUAUGAACAUUUAGAUAAAAAAAAGUGGUCUAUUAUAGAAAAAAAUUGAAAAUUUCAAUUAAGAUCAUAGUAAAACAGCGAAAACUUGAAUUACUUGUAAAUAAGGCAUACUGAGCAUGGAAACAGUGAACUCAGUGAAUGAAGUGAUGCGAAUGCCGGUGCGAGUCAUUCUUUGUACAUAAAUACAUAUAAAUGUACAUAAUCUAAAGUGCGCGUCAGAGUCAAGCCAUAAUCAAGAGCACAAUAUGUAAACAAGUACAUGAGUAACAUAAUAAUCAUUACAUUUUACCACAAUUGUAAAUAUUACAUGAGAGUAUCCAUCAUUUUAAUAGUAAAUUUUUAUACAAUGGCUUCAUACUUCUAAGAUUUUUUUUCUUUCUUUUGUUCUUUAACGGAAAAACAAGGUGGCACGUGUGAUUGAAACAAAAAAGAAUAACAGUCAUAGCGAAAGUAAAUUGGUACUUGAAUUAUUUAUGAGUAACUAUGAACUAAUCCACGUGCUUAUUACUUUUGCAUCACCAUAUUCCGCGUAUAAAUUCUCUUUAAAUAUACAAUCACAAAUUCUAAAUAUUGUAUCGGUCUUAACAUUUGAUCAUGGCUUGAUUUUGCUACCUGUCAAUGCUGUCGUACAACUCUGAAAUUCAACUCACUUUUCAACAAAAAAUGCAAGAUUUUUUUCUUUCUGUAAAAUGGUAAUAGAGACUUUUUUUUUAACUUAAUCUGAUUUUUUCUUUUUCUUUAUUUUUUCUUUUCCUUUACGAAAUUGUGAUUGAGCGUCAGAGGUUGUAAAAUUGACUAGUUUUAUAUAAUUAUUUUUUAUAAAUAACUGGCUGGUGGCAUUUGUGAACAGCAGGGAUUCAAUGUAUGAUUUCUAUUAAAUACUUGUGUGUCUGUUGUGCUUCAAAAUUAAUACAUCAAUUAACUUGCGAGUAAUGAAAUUAUCUAGCGUAGAUUGUUCAUUACUCUCAAGACACAUUUUCAGUAAAAUCUAUAGAACUAAAUAAAAAGUACACAAUACUAGUACAUCAUUUUUUUUUCAACAGAGAAACAACUGCCAAACUUUAAUGGAAUUAUCAUCGUUGAAUCUCUUUUUAUUCUAAGUUUUUCUCUCUUUAAUAACCGUGUACGAAAAAGAGCAAGAACACGAAAGCGUGUAAGUAGUUUUCUGUAUAAAUUUUGAUCAUUGAUUAUUCUCCCGUGAACAAAAAGUACACCACCAGCCAAGACGACCUAGGUUUAUGGAACGAAGUGCGUAUACAUUAAUAGCCAAUAGUAGAAUAUUUCAUAUUCGAAGGAAAAAAACAAAUUCGAUAAGAGAUAUUAAUAAAAGUGAUGAAAAGCGGUUUAAAAUGCUUUUAAACUUAUAAUAUCAGUUUUGACGGAUAUUUUGCUUCAUAGAUGGAGACAACAGGAGAUAUGUCUUAUGACGAAAAAUAAAAACAAACUUGACUGUUAGAACAGAAAGUGUGAGCACUUGAGAUUCCAACAUAACAUGAAUUGAACUAAUCAUGAUCUCGAAUGUCCAUGUAAGUAAUUGGUGGACCCUUUUAUACGUGUACAUUUGCAAAAGAAAAGCGAAAUGUUAAGUUUUGAAACUAAGAUAGUUCCAUGUGAUGUUAGGUAUACACAUUUAACUACUUACAAAAUCAAUUGACUUCUAAUUUAUUACUUCGUAUACAAGACACACAUUUAAUACAAUCACAAGGAAUAAUAUUUAAAGUCAUACAAACGUUAGGAGAGUUCUACGUAUUGACUUGUAUGCAUAUCAGUGAUAAAACGAGAAAUUCUGAUGCAUCCUUUGCACAAAUAUUUGAUUAUUCUAUUCCAAUAAAUGAUAUGCAAUGAAAUUAUUAAUUAAAUGACUUCAUGAAACUCUCUCUUGUGUCGCUAUCUGAGCAUUAAUGCUGUGAUUUAGUAUUAUAUGGUAUUAAAAGCAUUAGAAACCGUUUUUUUUCUCUGGUAACACAAAUUAUCAUUUGAUACCAUACGAGGUUUCAACAUUGAAAAUGUCUCUCUGUAAACAUACACACAUAAAUGUAAACGUAUAAACAGUGUGAGAAGACAUUGAUCAGUCGAUUUGCACUUUUUUUGCCAGUUUGAAAAUGAAUGUGAUUUGAGAAUUCUUUAAUAUUAGGGAAUCUCAGAACAGUUGAUUAUAACAAAAGCACUUGUCGUAUUGUUGCAAGAAUCAGGCAUGAUGCUUGGAACGAUAAGAGAAAGCCAAUUAAUGAUAGGAGGAUCGAUGUGCAAAACAUUCUCUUUCACGUUGGAAUAUAGAUUCCAAGGUGGAAGGAAAACAAAAAAAAAAGAUAAUAGUUACAAAAAAUUGGCAGUGAUCUAUCGAAAUAAUAAUUACGUAAGCGUUGUAUUUAUAACAGUUUAGAGAAACACUUAACAGAGUGUUUUCUUUGUGGCUCUAUCUUUUUACCAACUAUUAACUCUUUUUUUUGCUCGUAUGCGAUGUUACUCGGCAGAAAAUAAAUUUUCACCGAUCCGACGGUAUUUCGUUAAGUAAAAUCGCAUAUGAAUUCCGUUCCAAUAUAACAGUAUAAUCUCUUUUUUUUCUCUCUCUCUAUCUCGUAUUUUAUCAUUUCCUUAACGUGGGAACAUUAUAAUUCAAUAAGCAAGAUGCACAGUAUUUUGGAUGUCAGUUCUAAAAGCAUACUGAAAACAAAGGAAAUACUUCACCUUUAUAUUCAUUGCAAAACUUUACCUUUGUGUUAUAUAUAUAUAUGUAUGUAUACGUAUGUGUAUAUGUAUACGUAUGUAUGUAUAUGUAUACAUAUGUAUGUAUAUGCGUGUUUGUGGAAGUUUGUUACGGUACUUUUGGCGAAGUUGUACAGUUUAGGAAAAGUAAUGUUCUCUCGGUCUUAUCGAAUGAUUAAUUUAAAACACCAUUAGAUAUCCGACACGGAAUCUAUUUUGUGAGGUAUAUAUUUUAAAUCAAUCUUUUAAACGAGUCAAGAACGUGUCAAUGAAAAUGAACACACACAAAAAGCAUUCGAAUCGAUUCUCACACACGCUGCAUGAAGUUGUGCCUAAUAAUUUAAUGUAGCUGUUAAACACGCGUGUAUUUGUUCAUACGUCACUUUUUACAACCGAUACGAAUCAUUUUCGCGAGAAACGUCAUUGAAUGAUUUUACAUUUCAUGUCGUGAACAUUGCGAUGAUCAAUAAGUCGAUAUCGUAUUUAUCUUGACUCUUUUGAAAGACUGAUUUCUGCGUGAAAUAAAUCUGUAGUAGAUUUUGGGUGAUAAAAUAAAAAGAAUACAUUGCUAAGUGCAAUGCUAUGCGUAUAGACUGAAGGAAAAAAUAACAAAAUCCGUUGCGUUUUGUUCGUUGAAACUCGUGAGUAAUUUUAACUUCAAAGUUAUAUCAUUCUCUGUGUUAUACAUGGAAUCUGAGUCGUCGCGAAAUCUUGGAAUUCGUAUACAUAAAUAGUUAUUUUAAAAUUUCUUCUGAAAUAAUCUGAGACCUUUAUUUACACGAUCAAAGGAAUUUUGUUCUUUAAUUGUUAAUAAUAGUUUCCUUAUGUCUGUCGCAUAGACACGAUUUCCAAGUGAAGUUCCUGCACCUCGUCUUGGAGAGUGAAAGUAGCCUUUGAUGCGGAAAUCAUUUGCGUGGGCACUUUUUUAUUAAUAGAAAAGUGUCAUGUUGGAAACGAGAUGGUAACAUCUGGAUUUAGGAUAUGUUAAAAACGAACCCUUACGAACAUCAGAGAGGGUUUUAAACGAAGUACGAGAAAAUUCGUACAAGUAGUGAAGGUCAUAACAUCUUUGCAAAACUGUCAAAUGUUACAUCAACAACAGUUUUCUGCCUUCACCGUAAUUCGCAUUAGUAUAAAUCUAAUGCAACGAGCUGCACUCUUUAAACUUUUUCUUUUAGAGUCUUUAAAGUAACGCGUUUGAUGACGAAAAAUUGAUUGGCUUCGAAACAAUGUCAAAGAAAAAUAAUUUUUAUUCUUCUAGCAGCUCGUUUAUUGAUAUUGGAACAAGAUCUCCAAUAAUCUAUGAAAAAUGUAUUAAAAAAGAAAAAAAAAACAAAAAAAAAUUAAAAAAAAAAUCGUUAAAACAGAAAAAGUACCGUCAAUGUUCGAUCUUAUGAGGAUUAUUGUAAUUCGUUAGCAAAAAAUUAUUUCACUGAAUAUUCUAUGAUGACGGUACAUUCGAUACACAUACACAAAUGCAGCUUAUUUCCGUGUUUGCGAAUAAUGCGAGACAUUUUUUUGUGACAUGUCCGAACAGAAAACGAUUUAUUCACUGACAUAAAAAAACCAUUGGAACGAAAAUCUUCGCAAGUGUUGUAAAUGCAGGUCGCACAUUACUGUGCAGUUGUUUUUUAAAUGUUUCACACGCGAGUGCGCUUCAAGAUGUUGUGAUUACCAAAGCAAUAGAAAAAUUAAAGAACAUCUACAUGGUAUUGUUCGACUUGCAUGAAAGAGAAAAAUGAAAAUUCACAAUAGGCGAUGAAACAAAAAGACGUAUGAUUUCUGCGCGAUUCGUAUGUAUUUGUCGAAUGAUUUUUUUGUAUUUGAAGGUAUUUUAAAGCAUUUCUGUAACCGAAAUUCCCUUGCUAUUUGCGUUGUUAUGCGAGAACAACGAUCGAAAAAUUCUCUGUUAUUCCUCGAACAUAAAAUGUUUAUUUGUCAAUUGUCAAAAUAGGUUUGUGCCCAGAUUACGAGAAGAACCUUUUUUAUUUGUUUUUUUGAUUUCUACGAAGCACAGACUCAAUCUGGUGAAAAGCAAAAAAAGAAAAGAAACGCAUGUCAAUGGAUUUGUUUUCAAAAGGAACAAAAUAGCAAAGCAAAUUUGGUCCUUAAUAAAAUUUCCGGUUCAUUAUA